CGCGCCAGCGGACGCAGCGCUUAAUUCACUGGAAGGCUUACGUGAAGAACACACACCAGCCGUUACGCAAACGCUGCCUGCAACAACCUGCACAGGAGCCCGAGGCGUACUCGCAGUCAAGAACGUGGACUUGGGUGACAGUAGAGGUGUGAAGGAGGAAGGCGUGCGAUCACACUUCACGGAAGUAUUACGAACAUUGUUUCACUGACAAAGACAUGCAUGGUUGGAGGGUGCCAAGCUGGUGACAGACUUCGCACAGUAGCCUGCAAAGAAUGAAAUUAUUUUAUUGCUGGAGUUCCAUACCAUAAAGACUAAGAGUCGCCAGUGAAGACAGACAGCUGUGCGGUGGCCGUAGCCAUAUUGGCCCAUCUGCCCCAGUUCCAGGACUGCCCCCCGCCCCGCCUCUUCCCAGAAGGUUCCUUCUGGUCAUCUACCAAAGGACACACAAGCCUUUUCCUGCCCAGAGGCCCUGGCCAGCACCUCAGGAAGCAAUCAACAACUUCCGUGGCUUCCUGGCGUGCCCCCGACAUCAGCAAGUGGUCUCUUACAGAAUGUGAUCAGACAACAGCAUAGAUGGCCUCUGGGGACUUCAUGUCUUCUGGAACCCUCUUUGAUGAGGCGUUCCUCCAAAACACCUCCUCCUUCCCCCCUCCUCCCUUCCUCUCCUCCUCCUCCUCCUCGACGCUGCCCCGCUGCACCUACAACGAGGACUUCAAGCGCUACCUCCUCCCGGCCGUCUACAGCGUGGUCUUCACGCUGGGCCUGCCCCUCAACUUCACCGUCAUCCUGCGCAUCUGGCGCACGCGCAACGCCCUGACGCGCAGCCAGAUCUACAUGCUCAACCUGGCAGUGGCCGACUUCCUGUACGUCUGCUCGCUGCCGCUGCUCAUCUACAACUACGCGGCGCGCGACUACUGGCCCUUCGGCGACCUGGCCUGCCGCCUGGUGCGCUUCCAGUUCUACAGCAACCUGCACGGCUCCAUCUUCUUCCUCAGCUGCAUCAGCUUCCAGCGCUACCUGGGCAUAUGCCACCCGCUGGCCAGCUGGCACAAGCAGGGAGGCCGACGCCUGGCAUGGAAGGUGUGCGCCGUUGGCUGGCUGGCCGUGGCAGUCCUCUGCGUGCCCACCUUCGACUUCGCCUCCACCGGCGUCCAGCGCAACCGCACCGUGUGCUACGACCUGAGCCGGCCCGAGCGCUCCACGCAGUACUUCCCCUACGGCAUCGCCCUCACCUGCCUGGGCUUCCUGCUACCCUUCCUGGCCGUGGUGGUCUGCUACUGCCUCAUGGCGCGCGUCUUGUGUCUGCAGCGCGGGGACGGCAGCGGCGGCGACGCCGGCCGCGAGAAGAGGAGCAAGGCUGCCCGCAUGAUCGUCAUCGUGCUGCUGGUGUUCGUCAUCAGCUUCCUGCCGUUCCACGUCACCAAGACUCUGUACCUGCUGGUGCGGGUGCUGCCCCAGGCGCCCUGCGACGUCAGGAACCUGUUCUCGGUGAUCUACAAGAGUACGCGGCCCUUCGCCAGCAUGAACAGCGUGCUGGACCCCAUCCUCUUCUACUUCAUGCAGCCCAAGCUGAGGCGUAGCACGCGCUCUCUGUUCCUCAGGAUCACCACGCUACGAGACAAGAGCACCACUGUGUGAGAGAGGGCUAUGGCCUUAUGUGACCAGGGACGGCUCUGCCCAUUUGGGGGCCCACAGUGAAAUAUGGACUUAAGGUCCUCUAGGGGGCCCACAGUGAAAUAUGGACUUGGGGCCCUCUUGAAUUAUUUUUGCUCGUGUUUAGUAGCCUGAGUAUCUUCGACUUUCAAAUCUCUUCGAGACUUGGACUGACCAAGAGCAUAACAAUUAACAUUUCCCAAACAGCAUGGUUGACCCGUGGUUGAGCUCAGAAAGUACUUGCAUUGCUCUUGACCGGACUAGUAGCAACGCUGAAGGUGUUGCGUCACUAGGAGGGCACGGCCUGGCUAGGUGUUUACUAUAGCGAGGCUGACCGUUGGGGGCCCCUUUAGAGGGCAGAUUUGGCCGGGCCCUAGGCAAUUGCCUAGUUUGCCUAAUGUUAAAACACGGCUCUGCUUAUGGCUAUGGCAUUGGUGUUGGUGUCAGAACAUUUCCAGGUUCAAUCUUUUGUCAUCUAUGGCUUAAGUGCCACUGGGCCAUAACCUGCAUGGCAAACCAGACUAUAGCAUACGGCCUGGCAUUGCACCAUAGGCAAAGCUGUGGUGACCUCUGCUGGUGUGUCGCCACGCCUGUUACACUCUCCCCAAUGACUUGCAACACAGGUUAGGACAGGGGAAAAUACAAUACUUGCUACACAAAUAGUGUUGUGAUUAGAGGAAAGUCAGGCCAGAUUCAUGGCCCAGCUAGAAUUUCUCCUAUGGUGCAUUGCUAGACCAACUGACCAGGCAAAAACAAAAACAAAAAUUCUGCCAAUAGGUGGGUUUGUCUAGUUUACUGUCUGAGCCAGGCAUUUAACCCCAAAUUGCUCCAGUCCAGGGACUGUAACCCAUACACUGUAUAACUGUGAGUCACUGUGGAUAAAAGUGUGAGCUAAGUGUGAAAUGUAUUAUAAUAAAGGCGCGGGAUGGCAUGGGGGUGUUUCAGGUCGAUGACCGGAGGUGAAUCCAUGAAUCAGAAUCCUAUCAACUCAUUUCAUCACCUCCAUCCUGCUGCAAAAAUUAACAAAGUAUUGUGACACUUGUUUGUUUGAGCUUGUGAUCAUUAUGGAUAAACAUCCAGGAUGAUGUGUAGAAUUGUACUGUAUGUGAUGUAUAAUGUACGAGCCUUUCUGCUUGUCAGACUAAAACCUAUUGUAUAUGCUUUGGCUUAACAUAGGCAUAGAAAUUACUUGAUGCUGUGCUGUCAUUACACAUGUGACAUAUAAUGACUACUUAUUUGCACACUGUGUGUCGCAUUGGAACUAAACCCAAUUUAAGCCAACCUACCUGCAUGAAAUGUUCGAUUUAAUAUUCUGCACAAAAAGGUGUCAUGAUGGAAAAAAAGAAUAGCUUUGUAUUGCAUUAUUUCCAGUAUUGGGUGAAUCGUUUCACUGUCUUGUUAAGUAAAUUUGUAACUAUAUAUGGUGUUUUGGUCAUUUGAUUGACUAGUUUUACUAUUCACUCUGAUUGGCCAUGUCUCACCACUAGAUGGCGUAUGUUGCCAAGGAACUUGUGAACUUACUGAAAGGUUCCUGAUUCCUCACUCAACAGUGCAUCCAUUUCU